AUCACCACGCAGUCCCUCUGUAGCUAAGGUGGGUGGUUCUUCAGGAGGGAGUCGCGAUUGAGCGGGAUUUGGGGAGAUGUGUUUAUAGCUCUGAAUUCCUUUCAGUUCUCAGUCAAGAAAUUGGAGAGAUUCCUUAAGGCUUUUCUUGCGGUACUUAUAAAGACAAUUACCAAGUGGAAGAGAGACGCGCAUUCCGAAGCACAUCACUUUUGUCGUCUCACCUGCACAACCGGUGAACAGGAGAGGCACUUGCCAUGGAUCAGGAGAAAUACUUACCGGAGCUGAUGGCCGAAAAAGAUACGCUGGACUCCUCGUUUGUUCAUGCGAUGCGUCUGCUUGCCGAAGAAAUCACAAAGUAUGAGGGGGAUGAGUUGAGAAAAGAUGGUGACGUGAAGAAAUACCUCGAUGUCAUCAGUAACAAAAACAUCAAGCUCUUGGAAAGAGUACUAAUCCCAGUUCAACAGUACCCAAAGUUUAAUUUUGUUGGGAAGCUGUUGGGACCACGGGGCAAUUCCAUGAAAAGAUUACAAGAAGAAACAGGAGCAAAGAUGUCCAUCCUCGGAAAAGGCUCCAUGAGGGACAAAGUAAAGGAAGAAGAGUUGAGGAAAAGUGGAGAGGCCAAGUAUGCCCAUUUGAGUAACGAUCUCCAUGUUUUAAUUGAAGUCUUCGCUCCACCUGGAGAGGCCUAUUCCCGCAUGAGCCAUGCCUUGGAGGAGAUUAAGAAAUUCCUAGUUCCAGACUACAAUGAUGAGAUCAGACAGGAGCAGCUGAGGGAGCUUUCCUACUUGAACGGAGGAUCAGAGGACACCAACAGAGGGAGGACAGUAAGGGGGCGGGGCUUACGGCUGGCUUCCACGAUAACUACGCGGGGACGGGGAGGCAGAGGGGCCGUUGCACUCAGAGGGACAGCGGGUACGCGGAGUGCACUGCCACAAGCCACAUUAGCGAGAGGAGUAUCCACUCCCAGGGCAAGGGGAACACCAGGGAACCCCGGAUACAGACCCCCACUGUUGCCCGUAACACAUGAAUCAUACGAUGACUACAACACCCUCAAUUCAUCAGGACAUGGACUCUACAAGGUGUCGAAAGCGUUCCACAGGGAUACUGGCCCAUGUUUACUCCAAAGCUUCCCACAGUUUUGGCUGGAUGUCCUUUGAGUGGUGGACCAUUCUUGAUACACACAGGAAACUGUUGAGUGUGAAAAACCCAGCAGCAUUGCAGUUCUUGACACACUCAAACCAGUGCACCUGGCACCUACUACCAUACCCCAUUCAAAGGCACUUCAAUAUUUUGUCUUGCCCUUUUUUAACCUGUCCUCCCCUUCAUCUACACUGAUUGAAGUGGAUUUAACCUCUCUGGGAUAGGUGGGACAUUAGCGUUCCACCUGGCCAAAAUCCAGUGAAAAUGCAGAGCGCCAAAUUCAAAUAAAUUACUAUAAAAAUUUUACUUUCAUGAAAUCACACAUGCAAUAAACCAAAUUAAAGCUACACUUGUUAUGAAUCCAGCCAAUGUGUCAGAUUUCAAAAAGGCUUUACGGCGAAGGCAAAUUAUGCUAUUAUCUGAGGAUAGCACCCCAGCAAACAAACACAGACAAUCAUAUUUCAACCCUCCAGGCGCGACACAAAACGCAGAAAUAAAGAUAUAAUUCAUGCCGUACCUUUGACGAGCUUCUUCUGUUGGCACUCCAAUAUGUCCCAUAAACCUCACAAAUGGUCCUUUUGCUUGAUUCAUUCCGUUGAUAUAUAUCCAAAAUGUCCAUUUAUUUGGCGCGUUUGAUCCAGAAAAACACGGUUCCAACUCGCGCAACAUGACUACAAAAAACCUGUAAGCUUUGUCCAAACAUUUCAAAGUACUUUCCUAAUACAACUGUAGGUAUUUUUUAACGUAAAUAAUCGAUAACAUUUAAGACGGGAUAUACUGUGUUCAAUACCGGAGGAAAACAAAGUGUACCGUGCUUUUCAGGUCACGCGCCUCUAUCAAAGAGUACACUUCCCUCUACCCUCGUUCUGAACAGUGCUACUUCUUAAUUUCUCAAAGGAAAAACCUCAACCAAUUUCUAAAGACUGUUGACAUCCAGUGGAAGCGAUAGGAACUGCAAGAAGGUCCCUUAGAAAUCUGGAUUCCGAAUGAAAACCCAUUGAAAAAAGAGUGACCUCCAAAAUAAUUAAUUCUGAAUGGUGUGUUCUCGGGGUUUCGCCUGCCAAAUAAGUUAUGUUAUACUCACAGACAUGAUUCAAACAGUUUUAGAACAGAGUGUUUUCUAUCCAAAUCUACUAAUAAUAUGCAUAUCUUAGCUUCUGGGCCUGAGUAGCAGGCAGUUUACUUUGGACACGCUUUUCAUCCAGACGUGAAAAUACUGCCCCCUAUCCCAAAGAAGUUUUAACAGGUGACAUCAAUAAGGGAUCAUAGCUUUCACCUGGAUUC